AUUCGCAAAUGUCAGUGUGACAAUGUCAGGGUCAUUCGCAGCUCAUCUCAAUGCAAGUUUUUCUUAUUUUACUACUGUCAAACGAAGUUUUAACGAUUUUUUUUUUCAGUACAAAAGAGUGCACACAGUACAAUUAUUCCCAUGCAUCGAGUCAAAACAGAUGCGCAAGUUUGCACCGAUAUCAAGUCAAUGUAGUGAAUUUUACUGCACUAGUUUAAGAUGAAUACAUCAAAUUUCGAAGAAAUUUUCCGUUUAUUCCAAGAAUUAGCUCAAACAUUGGCUGGUAAAAAUGGUCAACGUUGGGCCAUGGAUAGUAUAUCUGGUUAUAUAUCGUCGCACCCAAAUACGAUAAGCGACAAUUUGCCAUUCGAUGAGUCAGAGCUAUUGAAGAGAAUCCAGAAUCAAUUAAGCAUGUCGAAAACGCCAGUCAAUGCUACGCUAUUUAAUAAUCACUUUCAACAACUGUCGACAUGUACUGACGCACAUACUCGCACAUCAAUUUUAACAUUUCUUGCGCUAAUGGCACAAAGCGAGAGCAAUGCAAAUGGCAAAAGUGCAGUUAAUAACAAUGGAACAACGAAAGCACCCUUUGAAAUGCCGUCGUCAAGAUCACGUACAGCAUACUUGCAGCAAACCAGCGUUGCGCUGGGACGACGCUUGAUUACGGGCCCAGAACAAUACGUUACACCACCAGCGCGUGCAAUCCCAUCGAGUACAUCCACCCAAAAUAUUAGUGCCAAUCAAAUGCAAUGUCCAAAAGUGCAAAAAUCUAGAAGCAUGGGAAAUUUUCAACAAAGUAUCGCUCUUUCGGAAAUCACUCCAUACUCUGAAUACACAAUCACUUCACAACCAGCGGAAAGUGACGGUGAUUUUGUGCAAAAUGUUAUUUACGCAUUAACCGGAAUCGAAGGGAAAUAUUUCAAAAAGGAUAUCAUCACCGGUGGAUUGAAGCUCGAUGCCAAAGUACGCAUCAGCGCAAAACAUUCGGCCAUACUUUUGCGGUUGGCAGAAGUGGCAUUUUACCACGAACAAUUGAUUUCAUUCACCGAUCCGAGUACUGGUCGCAGCCCAUUGGGCUUACUCGGCCAAGGUUUAGUCACCGCAUUGAAGCAUGAACUCACAAAAUACUAUGGAAUGGUUGCAAUGCUUCAAGAGCAGCACAAUCGCUAUAGUCGAUCAGCCCACAGCACUGAACGGUUAACCCUACUUCAGAUUGAGAUGCUAAUGGUUGAGCCACGUGAACGUUUGCAGUGGUUGACCAACAUUGCUGAAGCGUGCCAAGAAAAGAAAGGUGGCGCUUUGGCUACGGAAAUUUUCGCAUUCAAAAAUGACGGUAACACCAAACGCAAGGCUCUAGUCCAUGAUUUGCUAGUCGCUGUGUGCACACCAUUGCAAUAUAUGCUUGCCAAGUGGUUGAUUGAGGGUGAAAUUAACGAUCCACACUCGGAAUUUUUCAUCGAGGUUCUGCCAGAAGUCGGCACCGACCGUCUAUGGAAUGAUAAAUAUCGCGUUCGCGAAACAAUGCUUCCAUGUUUUAUAACAGAAGAUUUAGCGCACAAAAUUCUGGUCACGGGAAAAAGUAUAAAUUUUUUGAAGGAUAUUUGUGACGAGCGCACAAUAAUCAAAGGCCGUAAAGAACUGAAAGAAUAUCUUGAAACAAAUGUUGAAGACAUUUUUGCGGAUGUGCCCGACACAAAGCUCCAUCUCAUGAUCAAUGAGGUAUAUUUGGCCACUUCAAAGAAAGUGCUGGACAUUGUUAUGGGCCCACACAAACUACUGGAACAUCUGCAGGCCAUGCGCAAAUAUUUAUUACUUGGCCAAGGUGAUUUUGUUGGCCUACUUAUGGAAAAACUUAAACCUGAGCUUGAUCGUCCGGCAAAAGAGUUGUACAGCUAUGAAUUGUCAUCGAUUUUGGAUUCGGCGCUGCGUUCGACCAAUUCGCAAUACGACGAUCCUGAGAUCUUGAACAAUUUGGAUGUUCGUCUGAUGAGCAAUUUCGAAGGCGACACCGGCUGGGACAUAUUCUCACUUCAAUACACAAUUCAAGGGCCGUUACUAACAAUGCUCGAAGUAUCAAUGCCAAAAUACUUACAACUCUUCAAACACUUGUGGCGUCUGAAACACAUGGAGUACGUUUUGUCGGCCAAGAUUUGGAAAGACCAAAAAUGUAACGCAAAGAUUCUUCGGAGUAUGAAGAAGGAGCUGAAUCCGGUGCUGUAUCGCCUGUAUUUGUAUACAUCACAGAUGAUUCAUUUCAUCCAUCAAAUUCAAUACUACAUUUUGUUCGAAGUGGUCGAGUGUUCAUGGACGAAGUUCCAGGAGAGAGUACAAAAAGCAACGGCGCUCGACGAAAUUCUCGAAGCGCACAAUGAGUUCCUGCAUAAUGUUAAAAUCGGCGCAUUUUUGGAAGAUGGCGGCCUAAUUCACGGAUCACUCGAAAAUGUUAUAAACGCCAGUAGUAAACUAGAGCCAUGGCAAGAUCGUUUCUUUGAGCUUUGCCUGACUGAAUUGAAUUCGCGACGCCAAUUCGAAAAUCAGAUAAAAACUAGUGCAAAGACUGGUAAAUAUGGCGUUACAUCUGAAUCACGUUUGGAACGUGACGAAGCACAGAAAAUGUUCGACCUGUCAAUCGCUGAAGCUAGAAAAUCAUUGGAGAAGAUCGGCUCCGACUAUGAAUUUGCCGUCAAACAAUUCCUCUUGUUAUUGGCUGGUCUUCAGAAUCAGCCGGAUAUUCUGCAGUUUGGUAUACGAUUGGAUUUCAAUGAGUACUACAAGAAUCGUGAUCAACGCUUGGGAGCGCCGCUUACGUUCGAGCAUAUGCGAAUGACCAUGAGCAGCAUGCAAUUCCGUAACAGCAACAUUAUGAUUUCAAGCGUUGGCGCUGGUGCAACACCGAUGGCCAGCACGUCUCGAUUCCUUACACAGUCUUGCCACAACUGACCGUUGUCACAAUUUGAUCCCAGUGAUUUCCACAUUCAGCAAAUAUCAUCGAGUCAAUUAUUUUACUCUUCGUCAUUUCAACCCAAUCAAAAUGUUAAUCUAAUCUCAACACAAAAUACUCACACAAAAACUCAUUGCAAGCAUCAAAUGGCCAACAAUCUUUUGUUACUUGAUUGUUGUGAUAUUUUGUAACCUAACGAACACUGUUUAUUCAUUAAUUCUGCCAAAAUAGAAUGAUAAGCACCACAAAAUGCUCUAUAUGCCAAUAAAUUCCAUAUUGAAGGAAAGUA